AGUCGAUCACGGGACCAGUUCGAAUCUGUAGACGCAGCAGCUUCACCUCUGCAGCUUGGACAUGAACGGGUUCGACUCAUUCUUCCCGAACAACUCGGCGCCGCGCAAUCCGUACUAUCGCCACUCGCAGUCGCGUCGGCCUCGAACGUCCACGAGCGACCGCAUUUUCGUGCUAGUGGGCACAAUUGUAGUCUUCAUGCUCUUUGUGGGGUACCAGAGCUUCCAAAACGUGGCUCCACUGGGCGGCACCCCCGCGUCCAUCGACCAACAGGCGGAGGCUGCGGCCGCACUGUCAGGCAACGAGAACCGCCCGAGAUUGCGAGCGGCAACGACGAACCAGGAGGCGACAACUGAUCAAGAGAUGCAGCAGAAGCAACAGAAGCAGACGCUGAGCUCCUCGCCGCUGAGUCUCAAGAUAAUGACCUUCAACUUGAGAUUCGCCGGAACAGGUGACGGCCUCAAUAGCUGGCGCUACCGUAAAGACCACGUGGCCGACAUCAUCGACCGCUACCAUCCUGCCAUCAUGGGCACGCAGGAGGGACUGAAGACGCAGCUGGCGGAGCUGGAGAGCUUACUGAACCACCCGUACGAACGUUUCGGUGUCGAGCGUGAGGAGAACGGCGAGUUCGAGCAGAUUUUCUAUGAUGCAGCCGUGCUGGAGCGUCUGGACGAUGGGAACUUUUGGCUCUCGGAGGAACCAGACACACCCGGUACCCAGGGAUGGGACGCCGCAUGCGUACGUAUGGUCACAUGGGGCAAAUUCCGACUGCGCGCUACGCAGCAAGAGCUCUUCGUCUUCAACACGCAGCUGGAUCAUGUGGGUCCAAAGUCUCGCGAAGAGGGCUCAAAGCUACUGUGGGAACGCAUUCAGCAGAUUGCAGGUGAUGCCCCACUCUUCCUCAUGGGAGACUUUAAUACCUACCGCCACACUAGCACGUACAGCUACUUCACAUCCCAAGAGGGAGGACCGCAACUACGUGAAGCAUGGCCCGAAGCGGCGAAACAAAUUGGUGACGUGUCGUACACAUAUCACGGCUGGGCUGGUGUUAAGAAUGACGGCGAAAAAACUGCUGUUCGUGCUGCAAACCACAUUGACUGGAUCUUCUACCGUCCGCAGAUGAAGGUGCUGACGACGGAAGUCAUCACCGAAGAUCGUAAGGGCCGCUAUCCAUCGGAUCACUACCCGAUUCAGGCUGAAGUUCUCUUCCCUAGUCCAGCGGAACUACCACCUCCGGGGGCUUACUAGUCGUGAGAAUCAAAAGAAAUAUGUCAAGACGUGUCUAGAACAAGCUGUGGGUGGCAAAUUGUUGGUCAAUUGAAUGCCUUAAACUGUUGAGGUAUAGCAUUUCACGGGCUGCCCUGGUCCAUGUCGUAGAACGACUGAGUCUAAUGCGACGCUCUCGUAGCCUCGCGUGAAAUCUCCUAGAAUUCUCAAGGCUGAGAGUCCUGAAAGUACACUCACAAACUCGCACUGCGUAGGUGGUGACCAUGACAAGAUGACGUUCUUUGGGUCCUUGACCCAACCAGCAAGCUCGCUCAAAGGCAGCUUGAACUGCGUGAUGGUUCCGUCGUACGAAAACACUGGACUAAGGGGCAUGGCCAGCGUUAGUCCUGUGAAUUGUGCACAAGUCGCACACUCCAACUCGACGAGGUGGCCCAUUCCCGCGAGGUUCAAGUUCGUAGCAUCAAAACUGCCCUCUGCCGAUGAGAGCACAAAGUCUAGUGAGCCGCCAUAGGCAGCCCAGUGGUUACCUAGAAACUUGGGCGGGGCAGUGAAGUACCAAAGCAUAGAAUCAUCGCCGGUGUCCUCACGACGAUGGACAACAGCAUCGAGGCCGUAGAUAUAGUAACUAAGCUGCACUCCACGAGAAAUGGGCUGAAAAUGUGGCCUUGAAUCGGCACCUGCCCCGUUCCACAAGAUUCUCCAGUUGUCGAUAUCCAGGUCGAAUGUGCUAGACACCAACGCAUCACUCGUAGUGAUAACGACGAUGCCCUCAUUCGAUACAGCCACCCCAUCCGUGACAGUAUAUCGAAACUCAGCGUACUUCAUGAGCACAGCGUAAAACAAUCAGCAAAC